GCCUACGGGUAUGGACGUGCCGGCAUUUCCGUCACCCCCGUCACCGCUUGAUACCGCCUCAACCACCCAAACAGUCACCCCCAGAGGCGGCGAGUCGGUUGACGAUAUCACAACAAGUAGAAUACGUCAUGUAUCACCUGUUAAAUCCAGUCGUACGUACAACAGUGGCAUUGGUACCAGCAACAUUAAUAACCAGAAGAGACGCGCGCACAGAAUCACGCGUCUCGGCAACUCGGUGCAUCCGCGAGUCAUCGGUAGAGAAUCUGGGAGAUACAAUCGUAGUCGUGUUACUGAGCUCAGAGUGAGAAUGACGGAGAGGCGGGAGGAUGAUGAGGACGAUGCCGAUGUUGUCUGUGCCACAGGUAUUCCGAUGUCCUUCGACUCGAGAACCUUAUCGGGGGAGUUGUCGUUGCAGCUGGAGGUCGAGGGCAAUCAGAAAAGUCUGAAAGUUAUUAAAUCAACUGGAGUGCAGACGCACCUUGGGGAGGGGCCCUAUCGAUUGAAGGUCUUUCCAGCGCUCAAGGAUAUCGUCGAGGAGGACGCCAGUGGCAAUCCUAAGACUUCUUCGAGGCUGUGGAAACAUCUCAGAUUUUUGGGGAGACUUUCGCUCUGCCAAUUCGGUCUGGCAUGGCUAUUGACCUUCUGGGCAGUGGCCGGUGCGGCGUCGUUCUACGCCACAGAAGGUCCCCGAGAAAGAGAGCAAGUUUACGAGUUGAAAGACAUGCAGCGAGACUUAGCCGUUGGUUUGGCCACUGAAUUACGACAAUUGCGGGCUGAGGAAGAGGAGAUGGAGCCUCUCUGGGGUAAUAAAGUUAAACAGUACGUUGCUAAGCAUGAGAAACUCCUCCUGGCUGCUAUCAGCUCGGGCUACGGUGAAGGUGGUGAGGGGGGACAGCUCUGGACAUUUCCUGGAUGCGUUCUAUUUUCCAUUUCUCUUCUCACAACUCUCGGUUUUGGGGCUCCAGUGCCACGCACUACACCGGGCAGAACUGUUGCUGUUGUCUUCGCAGCUGUUGGCAUUCCUGCCCAUUUUCUGCUCAUUCUCAAUGUUGGAUUGUUUCUGGCAAUGAAACUGCAGAAAUUCGCUAUUCGUAAGAAGUAUGGAGAUCAUGAGGUUGAGGCCUCUGAUAACUUGAAGGCACCCAGAUGGGUCAAGGCUGUUCCAUUCUGUUGCAUUGGUGCUUAUUACAUCCUGGGGAUAAUUGCAUUCGGAGUAGCUCGCCUGCGUCCAGUAGCAGCGAGCCUUCUCUUCCCCCUGGACUUCACAGCAGCCGGUGGUCUGGCAAACACAUCCGGUCUAGUGCGAAUUUUCUACGCUCUCUAUCUCGAGGGUGCGGUAACAAUAGCAGCUGUUGCAGUGGCAGUUUUGCGGGUGUCAGCCUCGGAGAGUCUCACCAACAUUGGCUUGAAGUAUGACCUACUCACCGAGGCGUAGUUCAGGGCAGAAAUGCCGAUCGAAUAUGAUUACAUAUCCAGUGGCCCUGGGGAUUGUUCGACCCUGGGGAUUCCCGUGAUUGGGGUAUUUUAUUUGCAUUCAAUCGAUUUAUUGUGAGAAUUCAUCGGUGGAUGAGCUAUGAAUACCUCUGGAUCAAGACGAGGGGAAUGGCAGCUGUGAUGAACACAGUUGAGGCACUUUAAGUGUUGAAAAUAGCGUUUUUAAUGUUUCAAUUGUCGCGGAGGACGAAUUAUUGUCUACAAAUCACGUUUGCCUUCAUAAAUAUGACAUUAUCUUGGGAACGAGUGAAUCUGGAGGAAAAUUUUUUAAAAAUUUCUUCGAGGAAUUUUUUUUCGAAUGAAGAAUCAAGUUUUUC